AUGCCCCUAAAUUUUGAAAGUGUGAAAGCAUUAUACUUAAAUAUUAAAGGCCUCACGACGGCUGUCAUCUACGACGGCAUGCAAUAUGUGACCGACAAUACUCAUAGCGCCAAAAAUGGAGUUCAUGCACUAUUCAUAGAUUUUCGCAAAGCGUUUGACCUUGUUGACCACGGAAUUCUACUUC